AUGGAUUUCCCCACGGACGAGGAAUUAUAUGAACUGCAGCAUCAAGAUGAUAUGGAAGUUUUAAAUGAAUUGGGGUUUGCUGAAUCAUCUGAAAAUGACGACUUUGACUCGUACUUUCCCUAUCAAAAAAAUAAUCCUGUUUCAUUUUUGCGAAAAGAUAAAGACUCUUCUGUAGUAUUUUCUGAGAAGCCUGUAAAUGAAGAUAAAAAUAAAACUGAGGAAAGUGCUGCAAGCAUUGAGAAUAAUGUCAAUGUUCGUGAUACUCUAGAAGAAGAGAAAGAAAAUACCCCAAUAAAUUCUGGUGUUAAAAGAAAACUGAGUUUUGGAAAUGAUGUAACUGUUGAAGAAAGCAUUGAAGAUGAAAUCGCUGAUAUAGAGAGAUUGGAAACUUCUUCUCAUCAAGGAAAGAAAAGGCAAACAACCCACGAAUCAAAUUCUGCUCAAGUAUCAGUUAAAAAAAGACGUACUAAUCUGGAUGUGAAUUCCUUCUUGAAAAAUGUCCUUCAGACGCAAGCAAGGUCAUCUUUAUUUGAUGAAUCCACCACAACAUUUUUAAAAGAUCAAAUAACUUUAACUCGAUCUGAUGGAAGAAGAAUUUAUAUUACGUUAAAGGAUGAGGAAGAUGAAAAAAAUGUUCGAAGUUUUAGUGAACGAACAAGUUCCUUGUUGUCAACAUCUAUUGAUUCAUUGAAGUCUAAAUAUUUUAUGAUGGAAGAAGAAAGAAUUUUGCACGAGAAAGAGAUGGCAUUACUAGAAAAAGAAAAAAUGGAAACUGCAAUGGAGGUUGAUAUGAUUGAAGAAAUUAGUACUGAGACUGCCUUAUGGGUAGAAAAGUAUCGCCCUCUGUCUUACAUUCAUUUAUUAAGUGAAGAGGGCAUAAAUCGAACUCUUUUGCAGUGGCUGAAGUUAUGGGACAAAGUUGUUUUCGGCAAAGAAAAGAAAAAAAGCAAAGUGAAAGUAGAAGUUCCUAAAAAGAAUUCCAAAUUUCAGAAACAAUUUGGUGAAUUAAAUGAAGAGUUAGAUGAGCAUGGUAGACCAUAUCAUAAGGUUGCUUUUUUGAGUGGUCCUCCUGGUUUGGGAAAGACUACACUUGCGGUUAUAAUUGCUAAGCACGCAGGUUAUAAUGUUGUUGAAAUUAAUGCUAGUGAUGAUCGCAGUCCCGAAUCAUUUCGUACAAGUUUAGAAGCAGCAACUCAAAUGAAAGCUGUUUUGCAUGAAGAUCACCGGCCUAAUUGUUUGGUUUUGGAUGAAAUUGAUGGUGCUCCAGCGCCAUCAAUAAAUGUUUUGCUCUCAUUCAUAAAAUCAACUGGUGUGACAAAAGGCAAGCGUAAGAAAGGAGACAUUCCUCUUCUCACAAGACCUCUGAUAUGCAUCUGUAAUGAUCAAUAUACUCCUGCUUUAAAGCCCCUUCGCCAGUUAGCCCUUGUGCUGAAUUUUCCUCCUACAACUGCAUCUCGUUUAACCAGCCGUCUAAAUGAGAUUGCCUUGAAAGAAGGAUUGAGAGCAGAAAUGUCUGCUUUAGCAAAACUCUGUGAAAAAGCAAGUAAUGACAUCAGGUCAUGUUUAUCAACCUUACAGUUCAUCUAUCGAUUGAAGAAGGAAUUAAGAGUUGCAGAUUUAGAAGGGAUUCAGAUUGGACAAAAAGAUAUUCAAAAGAGCUUGUUUGCUGUUUGGUUGGAUAUAUUUUACUGUGCAGAAAAAAAGUCAUUUAAUAAAAUGUACAAUGUCAUUCAAGCUUUUGGAGAUGCUGAAAAAGUUAAUGUUGGAAUUUUUGAGAACUAUCUAAACAUAAAACUGAGACAUAGAUCUCUAGAAAGUGUUGCAAGUGGAGUUGAGUGGCUUUGCUUUGGUGAUAUCAUUCAACAACAAAUAGCUCAACGACAGUUAUUCUUUCUGAUGCCAUAUCUUCCAUAUCCUGCUGUUGCAUUUCAUUUGUUCAACUCUUCCCCAUCAUACCCACAGAUUUCAUUUCCAUCUGCUUAUUAUGAAAAUAAGGCUAAAAUUUCCCAGUCAGCAAAUACUCUAACCAGCAUGAUCAAGGAUAUGGUGUCGUCUCUUAAAACUUUCUUAAAUCCUAGUCUUCUAAUUCUUGACAUAUUUCCAUUCCUGUUGGAAAUCAUUAAACCAUCUCUUAGACCCGUUAGUACUCAGUUGUACAGUCAGAGAGAAAUGAAGGAAUUGCAGCGUGUUAUUCAGCUUAUGCUGGCAUUUAAUCUAAAUUAUAGACAAGAAAGAUUGCAGGAUGGAACAUAUAAUUAUGUUUUAGAACCGAAUGUAGAAGAAUUGAUUAAAUUUGGUGAAACAAAAUCAAAAAGAGUUUUGACUUAUGCUGCAAAACAGAUGAUAGCUAGAGAGGUUGAAAUGGAGCAAAUGAGAAAGGAAGAUAAAGCUGGUGAACAUACAAACGAGAAAGUUGUACAAAAAACUACAGAAACCUCUGAACCAAAGAAGGUGGCCAAGAAAAAUGUUUUGCCAGAAAAGCCCAUGGUUGACUUUUUUGGAAGAGUAAUCAUUCCGAGUGAAAGUGACAAAUCAGGCAAGGAAGAUGAAAGUACUGCUGAUGAUGUAUGGUUUCGCUUCAAAGAAGGAUACACCAAUGCUGUAAGGAAAACUGUAUAUAUAAAGGACUUAUUGUAA